AUGGGAAGUAGUGAUGGUGGAGAGGUGGCAUCAGCUGCGGCAGGUUCACCUAGCCCGCUGGAAUGGAAAUUCUCUCAGGUGUUCGGAGAGCGUGCGGCUGGCAAGGAAGUGCAGGAAGGUGCAGAAAGCCCUGGAGUCGAAACUAACAAGCUGCUCCACUUGGCAUGGCACCCAUCAGAAAACUUGAUUGGCUGUGCUGCAGCAAACAGUUUGUACAUACGACACACCAAAUCGAGGGGCGGAUCGAGGGGCAAGAUCCCGCAGCGGUACGACGGGAGGCGGUCGCCGCCAGAGGCGUUUUUCGCCGGCGGGGGACAACUGCCUGGAGCGGUGUCCGGCGAGGUUUGGGCUCUGCCUAAAAUCGCAGAAGCCGAUGGCGAUUUGCCGACAGGCCUCGUGGGGUCUGCUCGCGGUGGUCCUAAUCGCCGAAGGAAGAGGCUGGUCGCGGCGUCUGGUCGUGAUAGGGUUCGCCGGAAGCCGCAAUUCACGCGUGAACAAGGGUCGCCGGAAUUCUUCGCAAGAUGGAGGCGGCGCUGGGCAGCGACUCACGGCGUGGGAGGAGAGCGGGUCGUGGCGUUGCUGGGGUCUCGUCGCAGAGGGCUCGCGACUGGUUCUGAUCAAAAUUCGCAGGUCCACGCGGAGGAUACUCGCUGGCGGGAGGCUCGCGGCGUCAGAUUUGCAGAGAACUCGCAGCUUGCUGCUCGCGAACAGAGAUGA